GAGUGGCGGCGGCGGCGGCGGCCGGAGCCCGGCCCCAUGGCGCGGGGGGACGCUGGCCGCGGCCGCGGGCUCCUCGCGCUGACCUUGUGCCUGCUGGCCGCGCGCGCUCCUGGAACGAGCCCAGUGUCACCCAGCAAAGCGGGACCAGGGCUGGGAACUGCAUCCGCGCGCCUUAACAAACACGAUCGGGGCCUCUGGCAAGGGGCUCCUGAGUGCACAAGGCACAAGACGGUGGAGGGCCGGAACUGGGGCUCCUUCUGGCUGCCCUGCGAAUGGCUACAGCAACUACUGUGCUCACCCUGGCUUACCUCUUGUGAGCUGCCAUUGACCCAGGAUUCAACUGUGGAGCUGAGCUGUGAUGUGGGGCCACUGCAGGUGAUCCUGGGUCCAGACCAGGUUGCAAUACUGGACUGUAGUCUGGGGGCUGCUGCCGCUGGACCCCCAAUGAGGGUGACAUGGAGCAAGGAUGGAGACACCCUGCUGGAGCACGACUACCUGCACCAGCUACCCAAUGGCUCCCUGUGGCUGUCCCAGCCUCUAGCGCCUGAAGACAGUGAUGAAGAAACCUCUGGGACCUUGGGGGCCGUGGAGGGCAGCUAUUCCUGCCUAGCCCAUAGUCCCCUUGGAGUGGUGGCCAGCCAGGCUGUGGUGGUCAAGCUUGCCACACUUGCAGACUUCUCUCAACACCCGGAGUCUCAGACAGUGGAGGAGAAUGGGACAGCUCGCUUUGAGUGCCACAUUGAGGGGCUGCCAGCCCCCGUCAUUACUUGGGAGAAGGACCAGGUGAUGUUGCCUGAGGAGCCUCGGCUCGUUACUCUGCCCAACGGAGUCCUCCAGAUCCGGGAUGUUCAGAAGAGUGAUGCGGGCUCCUACCGCUGUGUGGCCACCAACUCAGCCCGCCAGCGCGUCAGCCUUGAAGCCCCACUCAUCGUGGCCCGUAGAGGAUCCCUAGUGGCCACCAGGGGGCAGGACGUGGUCAUCGUGGCAGCCCCAGAGAACAUGACUGUGGUGUCAGGACAGAGUGUGGUGAUGGAAUGUGUGGCCUCCGCUGACCCCACCCCUUUUGUGUCCUGGGUCCGACAGGAUGGAAAGCCCAUCUCUACGGAUGUCAUCGUCCUUGGCCGUACCAACUUACUCAUCGCCCACGCCCAGCCCCGGCACUCUGGUGUCUAUGUCUGCCGCGCCAACAAGCCCCUCACGCGGGACUUCGCCACGGCCGCCGCUGAGCUCCGCGUGCUGGCUGCUCCUGCCAUCUCGCAGGCGCCCGAGGCGCUGUCGCGGACGCGGGCGAGCACUGCGCGCUUUGUGUGCCGCGCGUCGGGGGAGCCGCGACCAGUGCUGCGCUGGCUGCAUAACGGGGAGCCGCUGCGGCCCAACGGGAGAGUCAAGGUCCAGGGUGGCGGCGGCAGCUUGGUCAUCACGCAGAUCGGCCUGCAGGAUGCCGGCUACUACCAGUGUGUGGCAGAGAACAGCGCGGGAACGGCGUGCGCCGUCGCGCCGUUGGCCGUCGUGGUGCGCGAGGGGCUGCCCAGCGCCCCCACUCGGGUCACCGCCACGCCACUGAGCAGCUCCGCUGUGCUGGUGGCCUGGGAAAGGCCCGAGCUGCACAGCGAACAGAUCAUUGGCUUCUCACUCCACUACCAGAAGGCACAGGGCAUGGACAAUGUGGAAUACCAGUUUGCACUGAACAAUGACACCACAGAACUACAGGUUCGAGACUUGGAACCCAACACGGAUUAUGAGUUCUAUGUGGUGGCUUACUCCCAGCUGGGGGCCAGCCGCACCUCCACCCCAGCACUGGUCCACACCUUGGAUGAUGUUCCCAGUGCAGCACCCCAGCUCGCCCUGUCCAGCCCCAACCCCUCGGACAUCAGGGUGGCAUGGCUGCCCCUGCCUCCCAGCCUGAGCAAUGGGCAGGUGGUGAAGUACAAGAUAGAGUAUGGUUUGGGAAAGGAAGCAGAUCAGAUUCUCUCCACUGAGGUGCCAGGAAAUGAGACACAGCUUACGCUAAACUCGCUUCAGCCAAAUAAGGUGUACCGAGUCCGGAUCUCGGCUGGCACUGGGGCCGGCUAUGGGGCCCCCUCCCAGUGGAUGCAGCACAGGACAUCUUGGGCGCACAACCAAAGCCAUGUCCCCUUUGCCCCUGCAGAGUUGAAGGUGCGGGCAAGGAUGGAGUCCCUGGUCGUGUCAUGGCAGCCGCCCCCUCACCCCACCCAGAUCUCUGGCUAUAAACUAUACUGGCGAGAGGUGGGGGCCGAAGAAGAGGCUGAUGGCGAUCGCCCCUCAGGAGGACCCGGAGACCAGGCCUGGGAUGUGGGCCCAGUCCGGCUCAAGAAGAAAGUGAAGCAGUAUGAGCUGACCCAGCUAGUCCCUGGCCGGCUGUAUGAAGUGAAGCUUGUGGCAUUCAACAAACACGAAGAUGGCUAUGCCGCCGUGUGGAAGGGCAAGACUGAGAAGGCACCCACACCAGACCUGCCCAUCCAGCGGGGGCCUCCCUUACCCCCUGCCCACGUGCAUGCAGAAUCAAACAGCUCCACGUCCAUCUGGCUUCGGUGGAAGAAGCCAGACUUCACCACGGUCAAGAUUGUCAACUACACCGUACGCUUCAGUCCCUGGGGGCUCAGGAACGCCUCCCUGGUGACCUACUACACCAGUUCUGGAGAAGACAUCCUCAUUGGUGGGCUGAAGCCAUUCACCAAGUACGAGUUUGCGGUGCAGUCCCAUGGCGUGGACAUGGAUGGGCCUUUUGGCUCGGUGGUGGAGCGGUCCACCCUGCCUGACCGACCCUCUACGCCACCAUCUGACCUGCGCCUGAGCCCUCUGACUCCAUCCACUGUCCGGCUACACUGGUGCCCCCCGACAGAGCCCAAUGGUGAGAUCGUAGAAUAUCUGAUUCUCUACAGCACCAAUCACACCCAGCCCGAGCACCAGUGGACACUACUCACCACAGAGGGAAACAUCUUCAGCGCAGAAGUGCAUGGCCUGGAGAGUGACACAAGGUACUUCUUCAAGAUGGGGGCGCGCACAGAGGUGGGGCCCGGGCCCUUCUCCCGCCUGCAGGAUGUGAUCACUCUCCAGGAGAGGCUCUCAGACUCCUUGGAUGUGCACUCAGUCACAGGAAUCAUCGUGGGUGUCUGCCUGGGUCUUCUCUGCCUCCUGGCCUGUAUGUGUGCUGGCCUGCGGCGCAGCCCCCACAGGGAAGCCCUCCCAGGCCUGUCCUCCACAGCCACCAACGGGAACCCUGCACUGUACUCCAGAGCCCGGCUUGGCCCUGCUAGUCUCCCUUCUGCCCAUGAACUGGAGUCCCUUGUGCACCUCCGUGCCCAGGACUGGUCCCCAUCGCCCUCAGAGUUGGAGGACAAGGCUGAAGUGCACAGCCUUAUGAGUGGCAGCGUCUCAGACUGCCGUGGCCACUCUAAGAGAAAGAUCUCUUGGGCUCAGCCGGGUGGGCCGAACUGGGCAGGUUCCUGGGCAGGCUGUGAACUGCCCCAGACUGGCCCCAGGCCUGCUCUGACCCGGGCCUUGCUGCCCCCUGCUGGAACUGGGCAGACGCUGUUGCUGCAGGCCCUGGUGUAUGAUGCUGUAAAGGGCAAUGGGAAGAAGAAGGCACCUCCAGCCUGCAGGAAUCAGGUGGAGGCUGAAGUCAUUGUCCACUCUGACUUCAGUGCAUCCAAGGGGAGUCCUGACCUCCAUCUCCAGGACCUGGACUCUGAGGAGCCCCUGCCUACAGAGGCCCAUGGUCUCACCUCGGAUGUUGUGGAUCUCGGGCAGGGAGCAGACUGGCUGGCCAGAGAGCUGGGAGGGUGUGAGCAGGCAGCCACUAGGCCAGACAGACUUACCUGUCUGUCACAGGCAACCAGUGCCUCCUGCCCCUACCCGGACCUCCAGCCUAGAGAGGCUCUGGAAGAAGCCCCUGGGAACAGCUGCCAGCCCAAAGCCCUCUGCCCUCUAGGAGCCAGCCCAGGCCUGCCCAGAGCUCCGUCUCCUCCUCUGCUUAGCUCCCGAGCAGAAGGUGCAAUUUGAGGCAGGCUGGUAUGACUCACAGGACAUGACACACAUGGCCACACAUGUACACUUGUGUACUGCAGAUAUCACCCAGCCCUUUGGAGCCUCCAAGGGCACCUUGUGUGGGGAGAAGGGAAGAACUGGAUUAUUCACGUCCCCCAUACUCUGACACCUGUGAUAGGUGAGAGACAUAUGAGUCACAGCUACAUGUGAUGUGCACAUGUGAAGCCACGUGUGUGUGUACUGGUUAGUGAGCUGGACUUUGCCCCAGGCAGUGGUCACUACUGCCUAAUUGAUCCUCCAGGUCAGGACAGUGUACCAGAGUGGUCAGUCCCCAGCCCUGUGGGCCCCCACCCCUGGCACCCAGCCUUUUAUUACACACUCUGAGAGUGUCUCCAAUGCCCUGUCUACAAAGACAGCCCCAGCCUACUCCUGCGGGCUGGGCUGAGUGCAAGUAGGCUCUGAGGCCUAACAUUGCAGCCACAUCGCCUUCAUCCUCCCACCCCCACCCUUUAUCCCGCAGCCCAAAUUACCAGAAAGUAAGCCUGGCUCCCCUCCCCUCUCCUCCCUGCAACUCUGCCUAAUUUGGUAAUUUGGGAAGUGCCUGAUUUUGGAAGGCUCCUCUUUCUUCCUUCCUCUUCACUGCUUCAGUGAUCUCUUUUUCUAGUUAACUUGCUCCCCAGUUCUCUUCCUCCAUUGCUUUCAUUCCCGCUCUCCUGUUCCCUCUUUCUCCCACUCUCUUCUGCCUCUCACACUGCUCCAGACUGAACUGUCAUCUGCUUCUCCUGCCUGAGUUCAACCUCUGUGUCCUUCCCUGACAACGUGACUACCUCAUGUCUGCUUCAAGGCCAUAAUGCGACUCCUAUGUCCCCGAUGCUUCCACAUCAGCCCCUCCCCAGGCAGACCCUUCCCCAGAAGACCUUCCCCAGAAGACCUUCUAGCCUCCCUCGCUAGAAGGGCCUCAGGAAUGGGAUGAGAGGAGUCUCCUUAGAGGUGAAUCCAAGUCCCACGGGAAGUUUUGAGACAGGGAAGGGAACUGACCCAGAGCUUUGAGGAAAAUGAUUGCCUGCCUUCUGUUCAGGGAGGCAGGUUUGCUGGAAGAAGGUGGCUUGGACAUCUCUUGCCUGCUGAAGGAGGAGAGGGGAGGGGAGUUAGGGGAGCAGAUGCCCAACCCUGCCCUGCCCUGUGCACCUCGAACCUGAUUAUCUCCAGGGUGCCAGGAGGGAGGUCUUUGCACAGAAAAUGGUUGGUUAAUUUCAUUUUGUUUUUCUUUAAAUUGAAUCCUGAGAUCAGCUUCUGUUGACCUGCCACACAGGGACAAUCUUGAUUUCUAUUUCCAGAGUAGUGAACACCAUGUCAUUUAUCUGAUUUUUCACCCUAGCCCUGUCCUAGGAGUAUAGAAUGUGGACUCUUUGCUUCCUAAUUGCAUCUUUUAAACGUUUUGGCACAUCAAGAGUUAACGCUGUCUUCUGGGCCAAAUUAGAAAGAACCAGUCUAUCUUUCCUUCUUUUUUUUUUUUUUUUUUAAAUGGUAUAAUGUCUCUCAGCAGAGUUGCAGCCUCCUCAGACCCUGAAAGCAUCUGUUUAUUACACUCGGGUGUCAUUCAUGUUUGACAUCCUCACCUACAUUUCCUCCUCCCUCCCUCCUGCAGCCAGCCUAUGAUAACACUAAAGAUUAUUAAUGUUGGUUUUGUGUCUUGUUAAAGACAGAAUUGUCGCUUGUACUAUUUCUGUAGCAUUUGGCAUUGCUGUGGCCAACACCAUUGUGAAUGUUUCAUCCUUGCUCUGAAGGUCAAAAGCCC